CUUUAUCAGGUCGCACAUUAUAAUAUAUUAACGAAUGAAAAUCGAUUGAUGGUAAUUUAGCCCUGAGCUGUCGGUAACGACCGAUAGCUCUAGAUAGCCAGUUAUCGUAAAAUAAAAUACCAGUAGUCACCGUCAAUUGUUUUUUGCCUGUAAUGUUUAAAAAAUAUAGAUUUUAAAAAGAGAAUCAUCACGAUGUUACUUUUAUAAUGUUAAUACCUAAUUAUACAAAAUUGAUUUUUUAACGAAUUGUACCUAAGUAAUUAGGAUAAUAAUAUGAUUAAAUAAAGUUUGAAGUGUAAAAUGAUAUUAAAUGUUAUGAAUAUAAGUUUGGAGGAAGAAAUAAGAUCCUUUUGGGAAUACGUAAAACGUGCUUCUUCAGGAUCAGCUUCGGGAAGAACAGAAAAAGACAUGUCCAAAAUAAUAAUAAUAUCGGCAUUAGUAGCCUCCGUGCUAUCAGCCGACAUUCACCGUUUGGAAAAUCAGGGUCUUCCUGUUAAUCCUGAAGCUGUAGAAACCCAUCCAAUUUAUAAGAAAGCCCGAUCUGAAGAACAUCACCCUGUGUAUAAGGCUGAUAAGAUAGAAACGAGGGAAAAGGUGGAUCUUGGGAGGGGAAUGGGACCAAUCGCUAAGCAUGACAUGUUAGCUGACGAACCGGCUCCUGGAGUGAUGACGGAACCACAGAAUAAUGAAAAUAUUGCACCUACGGGAUUUGCAAAUCCAGCUGAAGUGGCCUAUCCAGACAUUCCAUAUGCUCCUGGUUACAACUACGGGAAUGGCUACGCGGCCCAUGGGUACGACUUGUAUACCAAUAAUCUUGGAGAUUAUUUAUUCGAGCCAGAUACGUCAUCCGUAGGUCUAUUGUGGAGUCAAGUACCUGAUUCAAGGACUAUGGUCAGCUAUGUGGGCCGUACUAUAAGCUGGGUGUUUAGCAGCGUUUUCGUUCUUAUGCUCGGAUCCCUACUAACGGUAGGAGUCUGCAGCUACACCAACCUUUGCGCCAUUACGUUUAACGGAGUGGGUCCUAUUCACGAAGAAAUGAGGUCCCUAAUCACUCCUGAAAGAUUAGAGAAGAUCAGCACAGCUGCUGAUUUUGUUAAAACGGCGAUUAACAAAUAUCAGAAGAUUCAGCAAGUGACUGAUAAUGUUGGAGCCAGGCGACGAAGAUCGCUGUAGAAUAUUACAUUUCCUAUUUUUUAAUAAACAUAAUAUAUUGAAU